UCUCGAUUCUCCUUUAUGCUGUUUUUGUGUUGAAAUAAAAAGUAGGGAAAUCAAUACAAAUCUCAAACCAAACGCAACCUUAAUAAUGGGCUCCACUGUGCGCCAUUCAGAAAAGGUAAUCUACACGUACACGCCUGGUCGGGUAGGUCAUCUCAUCUGUGCCUGUGGCCUGAUCCGUUGCUCGUUGGGUACUUGGGUUGGAUUCACGACCUCGGGAUUCAAAUUCCACAGAUUAUAAAAUUCAUGCAUCUCGCGGCUCUAGAAUCCAACGGAUAGGAAUCAGGAUCGUGGAUGUGGGCGCGGACAAUCACAUUAUUAAUUACGCAUCAAUACGUAAUUAACUUGUUUAGUAACCAGAGAGACGGAGACAAAAGGUGACAACAUCUGUUUAUUGAUUUCCGCAUCUCAAAGCCAUUUCCCGCUCUCGGAGCUCUUCCAUCUUCAACCUUCAACUUUCUUCGUUGCUUGCAAGAAUAAUAUAUAUAAUUCCAUUAUUUUACGGCACCGGAGGAGCAGCCCGAGGCGACAGAUUCGUCAUCAAUGGCAAUGGGGUGUUUAUUUGUAAUUUGCAGCUGUAGUAGUAGAACCUCUAGUGCCAGUAAUACCGUCGAGAACUGUCAGUCUCAGGUCAAAGCCCUAGAAGCUAGAACUAGAACGUCUACAAACCUUACAAGGACCUACCAGUCUGCAGCUUUUCUGGCGCUGUUGUUUUCUGUCUCCCAUGAAACCGCGUGGGGUGCUACUUCUGUUCUUCUCCUUCAUCUUGUUCCCUCCACUUCCCGUUUCCAACAGCCUUCUCUCUCCCAACGGUGUUAACUAUGAAGUUGCUACUUUGAUGUCUUUAAAAAGUAAGUUGAAAGAUACUCUUCAUGUCCUUGAUGGAUGGGAUAUUAAUUCGGUUGAUCCUUGCACGUGGAAUAUGGUUGGUUGUUCUCCUGAGGGUUUUGUAAUUUCUCUAGAAAUGGCUAGUAAGGGAUUGUCAGGCUUGCUGUCUCCAAGCAUUGGGAAUUUGAGCCACCUGCAAACAAUGUUAUUGCAGAAUAAUCUAAUAUCUGGCCCUGUUCCAGUUGAGAUAGGGAAGCUUUUGGAGCUUCGUACUCUUGAUGUAUCAGGCAACCAGUUUAUGGGUGAGAUUCCAAGCUCUUUGGGCUUUCUGACUCAUUUAAGUUACCUGCGGCUUAGCAAGAACAAGUUCUCUGGACAGAUUCCUAGAUCUGUUGCUAAUCUCACGGGCCUUUCAUUCUUGGAUCUGUCAUUCAAUAAUCUUAGCGGCCCCACUCCAAUAAUACUUGCAAAAGCUUACAGUGUUGCAGGGAAUAGGUUUCUUUGCUCCUCAUCAUUCAUGGAAGCUUGUGGGACUAUUCCAGAGCCAGCUAAGCAAGCUAAUUCAUCACAAAAUUCCAGUGGUCAUCAUCAAUGGGUGGUUGAUGUUUCAAUAGGUUUCAGCUGUACUUUUGUGGUCUCCGUGAUCCUGAUUGUUUGUUGGGCUUAUUGGUUCAGAUGUACUUUUCCCUUUGCAUCAUAUGUAUUUAUUUCAGAACAACAAGAUUAUGAAUUUGAGAUGGGUCAUUUGAAAAGAUUUUCCUUCCGUGAAUUGCAAAUUGCCACCGAUAAUUUUAGCCCCAAGAACAUCUUAGGUCAAGGUGGAUUUGGGGUAGUCUACAAAGGAUGUCUCCGAAAUGGAACUAUUGUGGCUGUGAAAAGGUUGAAGGAUCCCAAUUUUACAGGGGAAGUGCAGUUUCAAACUGAAGUAGAGAUGAUUGGCUUGGCUUUGCACCGGAAUCUCUUACGCUUGUAUGGGUUUUGCAUGACACCUAAUGAAAGGCUGCUUGUUUAUCCUUAUAUGCAAAAUGGCAGUGUUGCUGACCGCUUGAGAGAUCCUCCUCGUGAACAACCAUCUUUGGAUUGGAAUAAACGGAUGCAAAUUGCUCUUGGGGCUGCCCGUGGACUGUUAUACUUGCAUGAACAAUGCAAUCCAAAAAUUAUUCACAGGGAUGUGAAAGCUGCAAAUAUUUUACUUGAUGAAAAUUUUGAAGCUGUGGUUGGAGAUUUUGGUCUGGCAAAACUUUUAGAUCUGAGGGAUUCACAUGUCACAACUGCAGUACGGGGUACUGUGGGACACAUUGCCCCAGAGUAUCUUUCUACAGGGCAGUCCUCUGAGAAAACUGAUGUGUUUGGAUUUGGAAUAUUACUUUUGGAACUCUUAACAGGGCAGAAGGCACUGGAUGCAGGAAAUGGUCAGAUUCAGAAGGGAAUGAUUCUUGACUGGGUUAGGACCUUGCAUGAGGAGAAGAGACUGGAAGUUCUGGUGGAUAGGGAUCUGAAUGGAUGCUUUGAUGCAGCAGAGCUGGAAAAAGCAGUUGAAGUGGCCCUGCAGUGCACACAAUCCCAUCCUAACCUCCGCCCAAAGAUGUCAGAAGUCCUUAAGACGCUGGAAGCGGUGAUCAGACCAUCAGUACAUACAGAAGAACUUGAAGUUGAAAUGCCCAGUGGAGGAAGGGCUUAUGGUUUUUCCAAAAAUUACGGUGAUGCUCUUGAAGAGUCUUCAUUUAUCAUUGAAGCAAUUGAGCUAUCUGGCCCCAGGUGACAUACAUACAAUUUCCUUUUCUACACUUGAACUUGUGGGUUUGUAUUUGGUAACAAAGGAAAAUCUUUGAAUUUACAUGCACAUUCGAAGCAAUGUUUAUGUUAUUAACCUGUUGUUGACCUGUAUGGUAAAACCGUUUGACCGGUCACCUGGAGGUCAAGAUGGUCCGAGUCAACCCAAACCCAUUAAUAUACAAAAAAGUUGACUUAGUUAAAAAAGUUGAACUGUUCAAUCCAGUCUUACGGCUCAUACCCUUUUAUGAUAUCAACUUUUAUGUCAUAAUUUCUAUUUGUUAAAAAUGAUUUGAAUAUUAGAACUCAUUUGACCAACCAGUGAAUCAAAUAGUCAAACCUGAAAAGAGACUACUUGUGAGUUGUGACUGAUGAUAUGAACAGUGAGUCUUCGUUCUCUGCCAUCUGCUCUUCUUCAACUGUACAUUUUUUCUAUCUUUUAUAUUACAUUUACUUAUAUUUAGGUUUUAAGUUGUAUGCCCUAAUAUUAUAAUCUAAGGGUUUGGACUGUUAUGUUGAUGGUUUGACAUGUUCAAACGAGUUCAGCUUCAGUCAGGGCAAAGUCCAUUCGGGCUGCUUUUACUGCCUUGCAUUGAGAAUAUCUCCGCACUUGUGUGC